AUGCGCAGCCCUCCGUGGUCGCUCUGCUGCUCCUCUUCCUGGAGGCCCCAGAGCCGGCGGAGCUUCCGAGCGCCUCGGAGGCGGAGGCACCUCGCAGCUCGCCGGGGAGGGCUUAUACGACUGCAGCGCCAGUGGAAGCAGUCGCAGAGGACCCCCCCAGCGAUGGCCUGA